AUGUCACACUCCUUUUCCUUUUCUUCUUCUAACCACUACUGUGCAUUGCUCAAAGUUUGCUGCGAAACCCGCAACCGCACCAACGCAAAGAAGCUCCACUGUCACAUAAUCAAGGCCUUCCGAAACCCAGAAACUUUUCUCUUAAACAACAUCGUCAGUUCCUAUGCCAAACUCGACAGCAUCACCUAUGCCCGCAGGGUGUUCGACCAAAUGCCCCAACCAAAUCUAUACUCUUGGAACACCAUUCUCUCUGCGUAUUCCAAACUGGGUCGUGUUCAUGAGAUGGAACAUGUGUUUGAUGCAAUGCCAAGCCGAGAUGGGGUGUCGUGGAAUUCACUUAUUUCAGGGUAUGCUGGUUGUGGUUCCCUUGUUCAGUCAGUGAAGGCUUAUAAUUUGAUGUUAACUGAUGGGUUAUUCAAUUUGAAUCGGAUUACUUUCUCGACUAUGCUUAUACUUGCAUCCAAUCUGGGUUGUGCUCAUUUGGGUAGACAAAUUCAUGGGCAUGUAGUGAAAUUCGGUUUUCGGUCAUAUGUUUUUGUGGGAAGUCCUUUGGUGGAUAUGUACUCGAAAAUGGGACUGAUAUCUUGCGCAAUGCAGGCUUUUGAUGAGAUGCCUGAGAAGAAUAUAGUUAUGUAUAAUACAUUGAUCACAGGGCUUAUGCGAUGUGGUAGGAUUGAAGAUUCACGCCAAUUAUUUUAUGAUAUGCAAGUAAGGGAUUCAAUUUCUUGGACAACAAUGAUUGCAGGAUUUACUCAGAAUGGUUUGUACAGAAAAGCGAUUGAUUUGUUCAGAGAGAUGAGAUUGGAAAAGCUAGAGAUGGAUCAGUACACAUUUGGAAGUGUGUUAACUGCUUGUGGUGGUAUUAUGGCUUUGCAAGAAGGUAAGCAAGUUCAUGCUUAUAUAAUUAGGACAGAUUAUAAGGAUAAUAUAUAUGUUGGAAGUGCUCUUGUUGACAUGUAUUGCAAGUGUAAGAAUAUAAAAUCAGCAGAAACAGUUUUCAAGAAGAUGACUUGCAAGAAUGUUGUAUCUUGGACUGCAAUGUUAGUGGGUUAUGGACAAAAUGGUUAUAGUGAAGAAGCUGUUAAAAUUUUUUCUUAUAUGCAAAAAUAUGGGAUUGAGCCAGAUGAUUUCACCCUUGGGAGUGUAAUUAGCUCAUGUGCAAACCUUGCAAGCCUAGAAGAGGGUGCCCAAUUCCAUGGUAGAGCUCUGGUUACUGGCCUAAUUUCUUUCAUUACUGUUUCCAAUGCUCUGGUUACAUUAUAUGGUAAAUGUGGGAGCAUUGAAGACUCCCAUAGACUUUUUAGCGAAAUGAGCUUCAGGGAUGAAGUCUCAUGGACUGCACUUGUUUCUGGGUACGCCCAGUUUGGUAAAGCCAAUGAAACAAUCAGGUUAUUUGAAAGCAUGUUAACGAAAGGUUUAAAACCUGACAAGGUUACUUUUAUUGGGGUUCUUUCAGCUUGCAGUAGAGCAGGAUUAGUAGAGAAAGGAAAUACAAUAUUUGAAUCGAUGACUAAGGAACAUGGGGUUGUACCAAUUCAUGAUCAUUACACCUGCAUGAUUGACCUCUUCAGUCGAGCUGGGAAGUUAGAAGAAGCGAGGAAUUUUAUAAAUAAGAUGCCUUUCAGUCCUGACGCAAUUGGUUGGGCAACCUUAUUAAGUUCAUGUAGAUUCUAUGGGAACAUGGAAAUUGGCAAGUGGGCAGCUGAGUUUCUUCUGGAAUUAGAACCACAUAACACUGCUAGCUACAUCUUACUUUCAAGCAUUUAUGCAGCUAAAGGAAAAUGGGAAGAAGUUGCCAAAUUAAGAAAAGGGAUGAGAGAUAAGGGUCUGAGAAAGGAACCAGGAUGUAGCUGGAUCAAGUAUAAGAAUCAAGUGCACAUUUUCUCUGCUGAUGAUCAGUCGAACCCAUUUUCAGAUCAGAUAUAUUCUGAGCUCGAUAAGUUGAACUACAAAAUGAUACAAGAGGGAUAUGUGCCUGAUAUGAAUUCUGUUCUCCAUGAUGUUGAGGAUUCAGAGAAAAUAAAGAUGCUUAGUCACCACAGUGAAAAGCUUGCCAUUGCAUUUGGGUUGAUAUUUAUUCCUCCUGGUCUACCCAUACGAGUAGUUAAAAAUCUGAGGGUUUGUGGGGAUUGCCACAAUGCAACUAAGUAUAUAUCUAAGAUCACUCAGAGGGAGAUUCUUGUGAGAGAUGCUGCCCGGUUCCAUUUGUUUAAAGAUGGAAUGUGUUCAUGCGGAGACUUUUGGUGACAGGUCCAGUUGUUAUCUUCUUAAAUGUCUAAAGCCAGUAGAAGACUAUUUCAAAAAAUGAUGACUAAACACAGGAUUUAAUGUGAUCACUUUCUUCAAAAAGUGAGUGUAAUUACCGCAUGUGCAAUGCAUUUGGUUAGGCCAUCAUAUAGUUCUCUAACAACUUGAACCAAAUUACAGACAGUG